AUGGCUGCUCUGGAGAGCCAAGCAGGCGACAGCAGCCUGCGUUCCAGACGCUCCGCGGCAGAGGGCGCUGUAGCCACGCCCGUCCUGCGCCUCCGGGGCGGGGCGAGCUCCAGGCCGGGGGCGGAGCCGCGCGCUCACGUGACCCUCGCUCAUGGCGGCGGCGGCGGCGGCAGAGGCAGUGCCGGCGGCUUUCGGCGGCUGGAGCCGGAUCCUGUAGCCCGGGUGUGGGCCCGCGUCAGUCCGUCCCUCCUUCGGCCCCCUCUCGUCUUCCGGAGUGUGGCUGGCGCAGCCGCGAUGGCGGAGCGAGGCCUGGAGCCGUCGCCGGCCGCGGUGGCCGCGCUGCCCCCGGAGGUGCGGGCGCAGCUGGCGGAGCUGGAGCUGGAGCUGUCUGAGGGGGACAUCACACAGAAAGGAUAUGAAAAGAAAAGGUCCAAACUCCUGUCUCCUUACAGCCCACAGACUCAAGAAACUGAUUCCACAGGACAAAAAGAAAGAAACCAAACUCCCGCUCCCAUGACAGCUCAGACUUCUGCUCCUUCCAAGUACCACCGUUCACGUUCUGGAGGUGCAAGAGAUGAGAGAUACCGAUCAGGUAAGAAGGAAUGAUCAUUUUCCUGCCUGUAAUAUGAAUUGUGUAUCCUGAGUAGGGUGAACUAUGUGUCCUGGGCA